AAAAGAAAGGAGCAUUUAUUGAGGAAGUAUAAGGAGGUACAAAUGGAGUAAUCUCAAAGGGGAUCAGACAUUAUUAAUAAAAGUUUGAAGUUUCUUCAAAAAGGAAACAAACAGAAAGUAAUUUUUAUUAUUAUUUUUUUUUUUUGGCAGAUGGGUAAUUGGAAUGGAUAGAAGACAGUGCCAACAUCUUCAAUCUUUUUGUGUAUUAGCGAUGCUCAUGGAUCAUGUCGGAUUUGGCCUCUAAUGGGUUGGAAAUGAAGAAGAUAUUUUCUAUAACACUAAAGAUUGGCCUAUAGCAUAGAAAUGGGAUUGAAACUAGAAACUGGAAAGCAAAGCAGGAAAUUUGAUGUCGUAUCGAUCAGAACAUGUUGCAGAUCGAUUUACAAUCAUCCAUUUCUUGUGGGUAUGGUGUUUUCUUUGAUAUUUCUGUACAGAUCGUUUCCAUUUUUGUUUUCUCUGUUGGUUUAUGCAUCCCCUGUAUUGGUCUGCACUGCUAUUCUUCUUGGGACCCUUUUGAGUUUUGGGCAAUCCAAUAAUAUAUAUGAAAUUGAAAAGCAAGAAUAUCUUAGCCAUGGUAUUGAUCCUCUUAAACCUGGAGUUUCAGAGAGUGGCAUUGUUGUUGUUAAUAGAGAAGAGAGCUUUGAAGGGAAGAAGAGUGAUACAGUAGAAAAAUCCAUUGAAGAAGCAAGUUCCAUAGUUAAUAAGGUCAGUAAGGUUGAGGAUGUUGAGGAUGAUCAUGCACCCAUUAAGGAAGUUAAGACAAGAGAAUCAAAUGGGGUUGUUCAUGAGGGAAAACUAAGGAUUGAAGAAGUGCUACAUAAUGAGAAAGCUGAUGCAAAUCAGAAUUCUUUGGUCCAAGAAAAUGGGAGUGAGAUUCUUGAAGUAGGAGUUGAAAACUACCCUAGAGUUUCAACCAAAGAUCAAAAAGAAGAUCACUUGGAUGAUCAUGAGGAUGAUGAUGAUGAUGAUGAUGACAGCGAGAAUAGGUCUAUGUAUUCAGGGUCUGAAAGAGCAGAGAAUUCAUCAGUUGAUGGAUCAACGGCUGACAUGGUUCCAAUGCUUGAUGAAACACACCCACUUUUAUUCAGAGAAGAUCCACAGCCUGAAAUUCAUGGAGAAGAAGAAGAUGCUGGUCUUGAUGAUAAUGAGGACGAUGAUGAAGAAGAAGAAGAAGAAGAAGCAAAAGAAGUCAAGGAAGAUGAGAGUAAGUCAGCAAUCAAAUGGACAGAGGAUGACCAAAAGAAUAUAAUGAAUUUGGGAACUUUAGAGCUUGAGAGAAACCAGUGUGUGGAGAAUCUUAUUGCAAGGAGAAGAGCAUGGCAAAGCUCCAAAACAAUGUCUCAGAAAAAUCUAAUUGACUUUGAAAGUGCAGAGUUUCCUUUCAGUGUUUCACCGCUUUCAGUAACAAGACGAAACCCAUUCGAGUUUCCUCAUGAUUCAACAAAUCCUGGUUCUGCCCCAUCAAUUAUGUUGCCAAGAAGAAGAAAUCCUUUUGAGCUUCCUUUUGAAUCGAAGGAAGUGAAAAAGGAAGAGAAAAAUGAUAACAAAGUUGAUGGUUUUGAGCAACAGUCUACAACAUUUGACCAGAAAGGCAUAUUCUUUCGCAGGCAUGAAAGUUUCAGUUUAGGACCAUCAAGCUUAGGAUUUGUGAAGCAGGCAAACCAAGAUAUAAAAUGGAGACCAGUUUUCAUACCAGAACGGUUUGUUUCAGAAGGAACAAGCUAUUCCUCAAUCUCAAGGCAGUCAAGUGGAGCUAGCGAUUCAAAGUUGAGUUCAAUUCCUGAUUCUGAAUCAGUGAGUUCAGUAGAGCAAGAUUUUUCUAAAGAAAAGGAAAUGAUCUCCAAUCUAUACCAGACUUCUAAUCUUGUUGAACAUGGAAGUCAAUCCACUGAGGACGUAGUUUCUGAAGAAAUGGUACAGAUUGAGAAGAAAGAUGUUGAACAUAUUGGGUUAGAAAUAACGUUGGGACAAGUUGAAAAUCACAGUGAAAAAGAAGUUGAAAAUCGCAGUGAAAAAGAAGUUGGAAAUCAGAGUGAAACAGAAUCAAGCUUGUAUGAAACAGAAGAGGAAGACAACGAUGUAGAAGUGGAAAACAAAACCAGUGGAAUCCAUUUGGAAACUGAACCAGUUGAGGAGGAAGAAAGUAGCAGAUCAAGCUUAUCAUCAAUAUUAGAAAUUGAUGAAAAAAAGUCUUCACAUGUUCAAAAUGAUGACGGAUCGUCAACAAAAUGUUUGGAGGCUAAUAAUGGUGAUCAUAUUAAUGGUGCGGUGGAUGAAAAUCUACCUGAGGAGCCUCUAUAUGAUGCAAGCCCAACUGCAGCUGGAAAGUCACUCUCUUUGAUCUCCUUUUUUCCUGAUAAACAAACAGAGAUAUUAGAAAAUGUUAAACCUCCUGAAUCAGAAGAAAUGGGUGCUGUGGUUGAGGAAGAGAAAUCUGAAGUGUACAGUGAAAAGGAUGAAAGUUCUCAUCCUGAAAAGGAUUGGACUUAGAAAUCAAGUGUAUCCAUUGUGGAUCCAAUUGAUUAGCCCAACCCAUUUGGACCAAACAUUAAAAAUUGUUAAAAUUUUCGGUGGGGAAUAAUACCUUUAUAAUAAAGAAAUAUUUUUUUUCUUUUUUUUUUUUGGGUUUUAA